AUCAUUAGUUCGCUUAAUGAACAAUUAAUAUCUUACCUGCUGUAGAUACGUCACUGAGUGACUCCAGUUUAGAGAAAUUAGGUUUAAUUCUGACUGAAUUGAGGAGCUAAGCUGAGCAGAACCCAGGACCAUUAGCUCAAAAUUAAACUUUUCAAACGGAGGUUGUUUGGAGAGUUUUCUGCAACAGGUAAGAUGUUAAUUGUUCAAAACCUCUCAACUCUAAAUGAUCUGAACUGUUGCUUUAAGAGUCAGAGAAGGAAAAAAAUGGUUCAGGUUGAACGCCCAUCAAUCAAAGUUAAGUCCGAUCAGCUGGAGCUGGUCUCAGACCUGGAUCCGGCUGCAGUGGUUUCUCCUGUCUCCUCUGUAGGAGUGAAACURCUCAGCCUCGUAAUAAACUGUGUGAUGUAACAAUAAGUCCAGCCUGAAGGGUCGAACUCUGCUCAGAGAGGCUGAAGGUGCAGAGCUGCGCAGCUCYGACGGACCUGAUCUCUCACCUGGACCUGAACCACGCGCAGCUGGAGGAUGGAGCGGCUGCUGAGAAGGUGUCGGAUCAAAAACAGGCUGGUCAGGGAGUGCAUGGCUGAAUGUCUCGGAGUCUACGUCCUGAUUCUGUUCGGAUGCGGCUCUGCAGCCCAGGUGACCACGUCUGGUGAAAAAAAUGGCCAGUACCUUUCCAUCAACUUGGGUUUCGCUUUAGGGGUGACGUUUGGGGUCUUUGUGUCCCGUGGAGUCUCGGGUGCGCACCUGAACCCCGCGGUCACUCUGAGCCUGUGUGUUCUGGGCAGAUGUUCGUGGACCCGACUACCGUUCUACACCUUCUUCCAAGUUCUCGGAGCCCUUCUGGCUGCAGCCACAGUGGGUCUGCAGUACUACGAUGCCAUCCAGAUGUUUGGCGGGGGUCAGCUGACAGUGACGGGUCCCACCGCCACAGCGGGUAUUUUCUCAACCUACCCAGCCGAUCACCUCAGCCUGUGGGGGGGGAUUGUUGAUCAGACAGUCGGCACUGCCGCCCUGCUGCUGUGCAUCCUGGCUAUCGGGGACCAGAGGAACACCUCCAUCCCUGAUUAUCUGCAGCCGCUCCUGGCUGGAGCGUCCGUUCUGGUGAUCGGCAUCUCCAUGGGUUCGAACUGCGGCUACCCUCUGAACCCGGCCAGGGAUUUUGGACCUCGACUCUUCACCUACAUCGCCGGCUGGGGAGAAGAGGUUUUCACGGCCGGAGGAGGCUGGUGGUGGGUGCCGAUCGUUGCCCCCUGCAUCGGAGCGGUGCUGGGGGUUCUCAUCUACGAACUCCUGGUUGAAGUCCACCAUCCUCUUUCCUCGGAGAGCCGGACUUCGGGUCAGGAAUCACGCGAGGAGAAAGGAGUUGAACUGGAGGGAGUGGAACCAGAAGGUGGAAAACCCGUUUAACUGACCAGAGGAGGAAACUUCCAGCCGUUGCACUUUAAAACAUGAACAUAUUGUACGCUAAACAAUCAUUGUCAAAUCUACUGGAAUAUAUUUCUACAGAAGACGCCCUCCUGUGUUCUUUGGCAGCGUUAUCGCUCAUUAUCUCUAUUUGAUUGUAAACUUUAUAUUUAUAUAGUUUCAGACAGUUCAGCAUAACUUUAAAGAUUAGAUUAGAAACUGAAAACUGAGCUUCAAAAGGCCCUCCGAAUGACAAACUACAGCACCUUCAGUAUCUUUUCCACAUUUAUUUCCAAACAGCACAGAAGUGUAUGGCAUUUCAGCAAGCAGACCACAACCAUGGAAAAGAAAAUGACGUGAAACUUCCACUACUGAGCUAUAUAAAUAUGAUAUGACAUAUAAAAAGAUACAAACAGAAGAUUUUUUUUGUUUUGUUUUCCACUCGUAGGCCCUCCAUCGUGACUGAAGGCCUGAACGUAUAAAAGAAAAGUGAGUACAGCAAGCACUGAUCCUGUAGUUACAAAAGAACCGUCUGAAAGAGAUAAACAUUUUUGUUUUUCAUACACAUUAAGACAACACAACCCCCUUGUCCUCCUCAUCUGUAAUUAUGUGUAGAUAACUCUUAGGGGGGGUGAUUAUUUUUUACAAUUCUUUUUAACCAUGAACCAGUUUUAGGAAGAAAAAAGGGAACGGUACAGGUACAAAUACUACACAUAUUCACAUUAUCAUAGCAAGUUACUAAAACUGGAACGCUUUCUUAGUGUAAUUUUGUGUAUUUACAUUUCAAAACUCGUUUACUACUUGACAGGAAGCCCCGCUCUUUCCUCUAGCUUAAUGUCACAAAUUAUCCGCACGACACAAACUCAGAGUUUCUCAUUUCAUGUCUCUGCUGCACUAACACCAUACCAACAGCAACAAUGUGAUUUUUUAUAUUUAUAUAUAAAUAAAUACCAUUGCAACAUUAAAAUCAGUGUCAAUUUUUUUUCCCUCCCCGAACACUCCCUUUCAUGCUUCGCGUGUCUUCGAUUUUCUUAUCAGCUUUCAGAGGCGUUAAAGCUGCUCCAAACAAAACAAAAAAAAAAAA